AUGAGCAGAAGACCUUUGAAAUACAGAUCUACUGAUGCACCACCAGAAGGAGCUGAAGCUGAAGACCAGAGAGGGAUCAGAGGUCCAAGUUCAGCCUUAACUGAGUUCUUGAGACAGCAAGGUAUCAAUGCAGAGGCAAUUAGACAAAGACAUCUCCGAAGACUAAGAGGUGAAGAGGGAGAUGGCGAAGAAGAAGGCCAAGGAGAUGGUGGAAAUCAAGGAGAAAAUGGUGGUGAUAAUGAAGAUACAAAUAACGAUACACAAGAAGGUGGUGAUGUUGCUGUGAGUGGUAAUGGUGAACAAGAUCAAGAAGAUGAAGAGAAAGAUGAAGAGGAACUUCAAAUGAGAAUAGCUGCUAGAAGGAAAAGAAGAGCUGCAGCAGGGAAAGAUGAUGACGAGUACACCGACUCUGAUGAAGAUGAACUUGGCUCUGAUGAAGAAAGUGCAGAAGUACGAAGACGUCCAAGAAGAAGAGUUGUUGGUGAAGAGGAAACUUGCGCACAAUGUUUCAACAAAUUUAUUGUUAACGUUUAUACUAAAUCUGCAGCUACUGGUGGUUAUUUGUGUCCAGAUUGUACGACAAAACAACUUGAGAAUGAACGUGCCAUGAAGAGAAAUCAAAUGCUUUCAAGAAAGAAAAGACAAAGAUUAGCAGCUGCUUUAUUAGAUAGACAAGAUUUGAAAAUCCCAACUUUACAAGAUCUUGCAAUUAAAAAAGUUACAGAAAGAAUCGAAGAUGUUGAACAAUUUGGAGAUAUUGGUUCAUUAAAUAUGAAAAAAAUUGCCAAAAUCUUAUGCAGAAAUAGAUCCCUUGAUGAUAAUACUUUACAAUUAUUCUUAGAUAUCAAAAAUGAAAAAUUAGAAUUUUGGGAUUGUUCAAAAUUAACUAAAAAUUCAUAUGAGAAAAUCACAUCAUACUGUCCAAAUGUUAAAGACUUAAAAUUGUUAAUGUGUGGUAGACUUCAUAAUGAUAACUUGAAUUAUUUCACUUCUAAUUUACAUCAUUUAACCAAGAUUGAACUUGAUGGUCCAUUCCUUAUUAAUAACGAUACAUGGAGAAACUUUUUUGAAAACGUUGGUGAUAGAUUAACUGGAUUGAAAAUAUCUAAUACCCAUAGAUUUGAUGAUGAAACUUUCAAGACAUUUUUAGAGAAAUGUGGUCCAAAUCUAACAGAGUUGAAAUUAUCAAGGUUAGAUGGUAUUAAAGAAAAAGAAUCUUAUGAUUUGAUGCCUGUUUAUCUGACCAAGCUGGAAAGCUUGGAAAUCUCAUAUCCCCAUGAAGAAGAACAAGUUAGUGAUUCAGCCUUGAUAAAUUUGUUAAGUAUAAAUGGUGAAACAUUACAUACGUUAGUAUUGGAUGGUUCUUCGGGUCUUACUGACGAAUUUUUAGUCAAUGGUAUUAAGCCAUUUUGUGUUAAUUUGCGUUCUUUAUCAUUAUCAUUUUUGGAUCAAAUCACAAGUGAAGGAUUUGUUGCAUUAUUCAACGAAUGGAAUUCUAAUUUAGGAUUAAAUGAAGUAUAUCUAAGAAAAUGUUUCUCAUUAGGAGAUGAAGGUAUAAUCGAAUUUCUCUUACAUUCGGGUCAAUCAUUAGUUGAGUUAUCAAUCAAUUCAGUCAAGGAUUUAACUGUUGAUACAUUUCAAAUUAUGAAAUGUCCAAAUUUAACAUAUUUAGAUACGGGAUUCGUGAGAGCUGUUGAUGAUGUUGUUUUAGAAUUAAUUGGGAAAAAUUGUCCACAAUUGAAAGUUUUAGAUUGUUAUGGUAAUAAUAGAUGUACAUCAAAGGCUAAGAUAAGAGAAGGUUUAAAAGUCAUUGGAAGACAAAGUGAUACAAUAUAG